AUGCCGCGCGUGCAGUUGUUCAUUGACAACGGUGGCCACAGCGUCAAGGCUCUCUAUCUUCCUGCCUCGACCGGCACCGGCAGCAGGGCUGCAGCCACACAUACCUUAGCGCACACAAGUGGCCCUACGCAUGGGGAGGCGGCAGCGCCGGCCACUGCCCUCACACCUGCACCCAAGUGGCUUGUCGUCCCAAACUGUGUGGGGGCCGCUGUGUACGCUGGAACCGGUAUCAUGGGCGACCAGCUCGAUCGCCUGCCGCAUUACCACGGGCUGAUGGUGCGCCGCCCAGUGGACCGUGGGUUCAUCGUGGAUGGCGGCCUGCAGACGCGUGUGUGGGAGCACGUGCUUCAGCACUUCGCUAUCGAAUCAGAGGAGGAGGUGGAUGUGUGGCUGACGGUGCCCUUUGCCGCCCCGAAGGCAGCGGCACAGCUGCUCUGGCUGCUGUGCACGCGCAGUUUUCACUUCGGCUCCGUGACGGUCGUGAGCAGCAGCUUUAUGAGUCUCAUCGCCUACACCUUUGCGAGGGGCACAUUGACCCUCUCUAGCGCUGCUCGCAAGCGUCCUCGCGGCGCCGUCGACAUCGACGCGGGGGAGUCACACGACUCUGGCAACAACGUCACCAGCGGUGGCACGGCUGUCAUGGUGGAUGUCGGCUUCUCCGCCACCACUGUCGUGCCUUAUGUGAACUACAUGCCGGUACACAGCUCCAUCGUGCGCCUCGACGUGGGCGGCAAGGUGCUCACCAACCGGCUGAAGGAAUACAUCAGCUUCUCGCAGAUAAACGUGAUGGAGGACACAUGGCUCAUCAACUACAUCAAGGAGCGGUGCUGCAUCGUGGCACGGCACCCGCGGCGCAGUCUCCAGCGCUACGCUGCACUGUGGGAGGGCAAAUCCCGGGAGGAGGUGGAGGCGAUUGUGGCUACGGCGACGGCACUGCGGAGAGGAAGCGGCGGCGGUGACAUGCAAUCACCUGGAUCUCAGAGGCCCGACACGCCAGCUGUGGGUGCCUCGACCUCACCAGACGUGCCGAUCCGUUAUUACCUCCCCACGAUACCUGCCCUCCUCCCCCUCGGUGUGUUAGAAGUGGAGCUGCCGUCGCGCCUUCCAAAGACCAGUGGCGUGGAUAUGGAGGCACUGCAGCACCUCCUGCUCUGCCAGGAGCGCUUCUUGAUUCCUGAGUUGCUCUUCACGCCUGCUGAUGUCGGCAUCGACCAGCAAGGUGUGGCCCAGGCCAUUACACAGGGUAUCUUUCAGCGAGGACUCCUCCAGCACCUGACAGAGUUGCUUCGUCCACUGUUGCUCCACAACGUGUGCGUGUACGGCGGUACAGCCACUCAGCCGAACUUCUGUGAUCGCCUGGAGGCUGAGGUGGCAGCGGUGGCCCCGCAGUACCAGCCUGGCGGCGCAGACUUGGACUCGAGAGAGUGCAACCGCAGUACGACGCGGAUCAGCAGCAGGGGCAGUGCUGCGGAAAUCAGCGCGGAUCGUGUCUCAUGCCUCUCUGCGGCCCCGCCACUGCCGGAGUUUCUCUCGAAGUCCAGCGCCGCUGCCACGGACCUUUCCCUGCUGCCAUUGCUCGGAGCGUGGUGCCUCUUGUCGGCAACGGCUAGUGGUGUCACCAAUGGCACCGCAACGGCGGAUAACCAAGGCAGCACUGGCGCGCCGAAGCGAGAGCUACAGCGACUGCGUGCACUGGUGCACCAGCGCUCAAGGAUCGAGUUGCAGCACCCGCCGGCAGGCCGAGUUACGGUGGAAACAUUUCAGCGCGCCCUGGAACGCAUGCUGUGA